GAGGAGGAGGAGGGACUCAUCAAUACGAAUCAGUCAGAAUGCAUGUUGGAGAUCUCACACUCCGACUUCGGAGAGACUCCACCCAACGGGAAUGAUAACCUAAGGCCAGCGUUUGCAGGCACAGGUUUAUAUAGACACGUGCCCGCACGCCACGUGCUCGCCAUCUUAUCGUUCCUUGGCUGCCUUAAUCUCUUCACGCUCAGAGUAAAUCUCAGCGUCGCUCUGGUUGCUAUGGUGAACUACACGCUCGUGUUGAAUACGUCGCCUAGCAACGAUGAGUGCGGACUUCAGAACAGCAAUGGGUCACAAGCUCAGGAGGCGAAGGAUGGUGAAUUUAACUGGGACGAACAACUUCAAGGUCAUGUGCUGGGCUCGUUUUUCUACGGGUACUGUCUGACCCAGGUCUUGGGAGGGUGGCUAGCCGAACUAGUUGGGGGAAAGCGUACGUUCGGUUUCUCCGUACUCGUCACUUCCAUUUUGACGCUUGUGACGCCGACAGCAGCCUCUCUCCACGUGUACGCCCUCAUCGUCGUCAGAGUGUUGCAGGGCAUGGCUCAGGGAUUCGCGUUCCCAUCCAUCCACUCACUUUGGUCCAAAUGGGCUCCUGUUAAAGAAAGGAGUCGACUUGUCGCCUUCACGUACGCAGGGGCUCAAGCAGGCACAGUGCUGGCCAUGCCGGUCACUGGAGUCCUCUGUCAGCACGGCUUCGCUGGGGGCUGGCCGUCAGCCUUCUAUGUAUUUGGAUGUCUAGGCAUAGCGUGGUGUGUCGCCUGGGCUGUGAUGGUGAGCGAUAGCCCAGCCCGCCACCCCCAUAUAUCCUCACAGGAGAGAGACUAUAUACUCAAGUCUGUCGGAUGCAGGGAAACGCAUUUGGAUAAUAAGAAACUGAAACCUCCAUGGGGCGCAGUCUUGUCAACACCGGCGGUGUGGGCGAUUGUAGGGGCACACAUCGCUUACGACUGGGGAGGCUUCACCUCCAUCACCUUGCUGCCUCAGUUCAUGAAACAGGUGCUCAAGUUUGACAUCCAGGAGAAUGGAGGUUUAUCAGCGUUGCCUUACGUGGUGCUGUGGCUAGCUAACAUAGCAAGUGGCCCAAUCGCUGACGGUCUCAGAAGCCGGCGCUACUCCACUAAAGUUACAAGAAAAAUAAUGAAUUCUAUAGGUUUGUUUGUACCUGCCGUGCUGAUGUUGGGGGUGGGAUAUGUUGGGUGUGACCCGGUGCUGGCCGUCACGCUGCUCACCCUGGGGGUGGGGAUGAGCGGCUUCACCCUGUCCGGCUUCAGUGUCAACCAUAUCGACAUCGCUCCCAGGUUCGCUGGUAUAUUGAUGGGGAUAUCCAACAGUUUUGGAACCACCACAGGCUUCAUAGGUCCAUUGGUGGUCGGCGUCCUAACAAAAGACAACCCAUCGAUGGGUCAGUGGAGGUUGUUCUUCUUCAUCACAUCCGCAAUAUACGCCUGCGGGGGAAUAGUAUUUCUUAUCUUCUCAGAGGGCGAGGAGGUGGAGUGGUCCAAACAUUCAGGGAACGGCUCAAAAUCUUUGAGAAAUGGCAUUGAUGUUAUAAUACCACCGCCUGUUAUCAAAGAAUGCCACAUAAUCACCGAAAAAAAAUCCUCAGGGAUAAACAAUGAACUUAAGUAUACGAAAAGGCAUGUACCACGUCCUGCUGACACACCUACAGUUAAUGGUUAUAGUGUAUGUUGAUGUGUAAUAAUGGACGCCAUGUUCAGGCACUUGGGCUGAAACUCCACUGGACCUAUCGGGAACAGAUCACAUGCGUGGGCUAAACAGUCGGGAACGGAUGACCCGCAUGGGUUAAACUCACUCCACGGGAAACGUUGGGAACAGAUGACACGCAUGGGCUAAACUCACUCCACAGGAACAGUCGGGAACAGAUGACACGCAUGGGCUAAACUCACUCCACAGGAACAGUUGGGAACAGAUGACACGCAAGGGUUAAACUCACUCCACAGGAACAGUCGGGAACAGAUCACACGCAUGAAUUAAACUCACUCCACAGGAACAGUUCUGAACAGAUCACACACAUGAAUUAAACUCACUCCACAGGAACAGUCGGGAACAGAUCACAUACAUGGGUUAAACUCACUCCACAGGAACAGUCGGGAACAGAUCACACACAUGAAUUAAACUCACUCCACAGGAACAGUUCUGAACAGAUCACACACAUGAAUUAAACUCACUCCACAGGAACAGUUCUGAACAGAUCACACACAUGAAUUAAACUCACUCCACAGGAACAGUCGGGAACAGAUCACAUACAUGGGUUAAACUCACUCCACAGGAACAGUUCUGAACAGAUCACAUACAUGGGUUAAACUCACUCCACAGCAACAGUUGGGAACAGAUGAAACGCAUGGGUUAAACUCACUCCACGGGAACAAUUCACACACAUGAAUUAAAGUCACUCCACAGGAACAAUUGGGAAUAGAUCACACACAUGGGUUAAACUCACUCCACAGGAACAGUUCUGAACAGAUCACACACAUGGGUUAAACUCACUCCACAGGAACAGUUCUGAACAGAUCACACACAUGGGUUAAACUCACUCCACAGGAACAGUUC